AUGGAAGAGCAGCGCGUGACACGACGUCGAACACGCGCCAUCACCAGCCUAGAGGAGGAGCGACGUGCUCAUGAUCCCCCUGUUGUGAUUGGACGAUCCCCGCGCGUGCGCGUGAAUCACACGCCCACACGAAAGAGGGAACCUAGCCCGAUUGAAGCUAGCCCGCUUCAACAAGAAGAAGCGGCAUCCCCACCUGUACCACUCUCGGCACCCAUCACUAGCACCCCGCGCAAACCCGCAACUUUACCGGCCACCACACCCUCGCCCACGCCCACGCCCGUGUCUCCACCUCCUGCGCAACUAAGCGCUACCCCCUCGCCCCGGGCUCGCCGGCGGCGUGGCUGGUGGCGAGCCGUACGCAGCUUCUUGGAGGACUAUGCCAUGGACUAUGAAUAUUGGUUCUUCAUUCUGGUGGGGCUGGUGUUAUCUGGCAUCGCCUUGAUCCUUGCCAUGGAAACCAUGGUGCACUUCAAUUUGGCUUCCGAGGGUUAUCAGAAGCACGGCAUUCUCCACUUUGCUGCUGAACACUUGCCCGACGCCAUCUUGGCCACCGUCGCUGCCAUACCCGCAUAUCUGCUCAGCGUAUAUGCCGAUCGCAAACGCAAAAUGGCUUUUGCCCGCCUCGAGUUUUACAAAUGCAUCAACUUCUCCCUCAACUGGUUUGAGCAUCCCCGUGGCGAGCGCACCCUUUACUUCUCCACCCUGCUUGAACAGAAUCUGACGGAGAUGACCUACAAUAACCCACUAGUCAACGACUACGUCCUGGAGGCGGCCGCUCAGACAACGGAGGACGAUUGCCUGAUGUUUGCUGACCCAGGCAUGGAGGACAGCGAGCGAAAGCAGCUCUACACCCCCAUCAUGAAGGCUGCUCAAAAUGCAGUCGCCUGCCGAUUCGGCCAAGGCGCACUUCAUCGCGUGGCAGGCAAUGCCACUCAUUGCGUCACCCUCAUCAUGGCGUUUACCUGUGAGCGUGGCCCUCAAGUGCCCCAGACCAAGAUUCGCAUCAUGCUCUGCGAAGACCAGCUCUUGCGUGAAAUUCAGUCAUACACCACUCAGCAUGGAGCACAAGCCCAACCGCCGCGCUUCCUCACACCGUCCCAUGCGCCACGCUGGAGCACGCUCUGUCAAAUGGCCCGGGUGCAUGCUGAGCACCCUCGCAUCCUGCCCAAAGUGCGCAUUUAUCUUCCCCGCAGUGCUGAGGCAGACAAGUCCCCUCGACGCCUCUUUAGUCAGAACCUUUUGGGAUAA